AUGGCCAAUAACUCUUGUCUUCUUAUUGUGUCUCUCAUUGGAGUUCUUUUGUUCACCAUCAUUUCAAAUGUGGCAUCAUCUAACGACGUCGUUUCCACCAUCUGUCCAAAAACUUCAAACCCGUCGUUUUGUUCAAGUGUGUUGAAAUCUGCAGGUACUGCAGAUCUAAAAGGCUUGGCUGUAUACACCUUAAACCUUGCCAAUACAAAUGCUCGCAAAUCUUUGACCUUAGCCAAGUCACUUGCAACAACCACCACCAAUCCUCAACUUAAGCAACUAUAUUCGUCUUGUGCUGAGAGCUAUGAUGAAGCUGUUGGUGACAUUGAAAAUGCCCAAAAAGACUUGGCACUUGGUGACUUUAAUGCUGUCAAUAUUGUAACUUCUGGUGCCAUGACAGAGAUUGACGACUGUCAGGAUAAUCUUGGAAGCUUUGGCUAG